AUGGAAGAAAAACCUAUCACUUUAGUUGAUAUUGAAAACCUUUUCACAAAAAAAUUGGAACCAAUUGAAACAAACAUCAAAACUCUUACAAAUAGUUUUGAGAAGAAACUUGGAACUUUCGAAAAAAGGUUAGAGAUUCAAGGCGAGUUCAUAAACAAGUUAUUGAAAUACAAAGGUCUAGAGGAGGAAGGUAUUCCAGAUUUAACUGAUGAUACUGACGACAAUACUAAUGAAAAGAAAACUGAAGAAGAAAAGAAAACAGAUGAAACAAAGAAAGUUAAACAAGAAUAUAAAUUGAAAGAUGAUAUACCUAACUUUCAUGGUGGUUUACAAAUAGAAGAAUUGUUAGAUUGGUUUUAUGAAGUGGAGUCGUUUUUCAACUUCAUGGAUGUACCUGAUUAUUCUAAGGUGAAACUAGUUGCAUAUAAAUUGAAAGGUGGUGCUGCAGCAUGGUGGGAUAAACUCUGUGAUGAUCGAAGUAAAUAUCAUAAGCCUCCUAUACGUACUUGGAAAAGAAUGAAAGACUUAUUCAGAGACAAGUUUCUGCCUAAAGAUUUUAUGCAGCAGUUGUUUAUCAAAGUACAAAACUGCAGACAAGGUGCUAGACUUGUUGAAGAGUAUGUAGAUGAAUUUUAUAGUUUGGUGGCACGUAAUCAGUUGAAUGAAUCAGAAGAACAGUUAGUAGCACGUUUCAUUGAGGGUUUGAAUAUACUUAUACAACAAGGAAUGACUCAAUCCGUCUAUACAAUGGUUGAAGCUAUGCAGCAAGCCAUUAAGAUUGAGAGGCGAGUGCUUAGUAAUUCUAACCCAGCAUAUCCACGACAAAACCGUGUUCAAGGUUAUUACAAAAAUUCUAAGUCGUCUUAUUUUCCUCCGAGUAACCAAGAUGGUUAUUCGUAUGCUCCUGAAAGAAGUUCUAGUCGACCUAUUCAACAAAUGCCAACACCAAAUUUUUCAUACAACCAAACACCUCUCCCUGCUGAAAAUUCACCGUUUCUUGAUAUUCCACCAGCAAAGUCACCUCAGAUUUCAAGUCAAAGAGAUACUACUUCAAAUACUAGAGUUAGUAAAUAUCAGCAGCAACUUCCUCCACUACCAAAACCUCCUAAUCCUUAUUCUAAGUUUCGAGGAGACAAGUGUAAUAAGUGCAAUCAAGAUGGUCAUACUUCUAGUGAAUGUCGCAAGUUUCAUGCAUAUAUUAAUGAAAUUCAAGAGGAAACACAAGAAGAAGACGUCAUUGAAGAUGAAGAGCAAACUUAUUUGCAAGCACAUGAAUCUUAUGAUGCAGAUUUUCUAGGUGUAGUGCGUCCAAUACUGAUUACAGAACCAUGUCUUUCACAAAGACAUAGUAUUUUCAAGUCUCGGUGUUUUAUUGAUGACAAACUUUAUAGUAUGCUCAUUGACAGUGGGAUACCUGAAAAUUAUGUAGAUGCAAAGUUGGUUGAGAAAUUGAGAUUACCAGUAACUCUUCGUCCAAAUCCGUCCUGUGUAGGAUGGAUCAACAGUUCUUCUACACAAAAAAUAACUCAUCAGUGUUUGGUCAGAUUUUCAUUCCCUGGAUAUGUAGAUUAUGCUCUUUGUGAUGUGAUUAAUAUGAAUGCUGCAAGUCUACUUUUGGGAAGACCAUGGAAGUAUGAUAUCCAUGUUGUUCAUAACUUCUAUGAAAAUACGUAUACUUUCAUUCAUGAUGGUUUCACUAAAUUACUUUGGCCUUUACAGUUUUCUACUUCAACAAGAGAACAUUCUGAACCAGAGACAACUGCUCUAGUUGCUUCCAUUACUCGUUAUUUACAACCAACUCAUACUUUGAGUUCUCAUGAGUCUACUAAGCCGAUGGUGGAGAUUCCUUCUAAGGUAUUUACAAAACUUGAUUUACGAAGUGGUUAUCAUCAAAUACGCAUUCGUAUUGGGGAUGAAUGGAAGACUGCAUUUAAAACUCGUGAAGGAUUAUAUGAAUGGAUUGUGAUGCCAUUUGUCGCAAUGAAGAAGAACAUCUUGAACAUUUGUCUCAGGAGAUUUGUCAGGAAUUUCAGCACUAUUGCAGCCGGUCUUACAUAUUGUUUGAAGCGUGACACUUUUGUGUGGACUGAAGCAGCAGAUAAGAGUUUCAGUUUGCUCAAGGAAAAAUUAUGUAAUGCUCAUGUCCUUGCUAUGCCAAAUUUUGACAAAACAUUUGAAAUACAUUGUGAUGCUUCCAUUGUUGGUAUAAAAGCUGUACUUUCUCAAGAAGAUCAUCCAGUUGCUUAUUACAGUAAGAAGAAUUCUUAUACAAGGAAGAAAUGGUCUACUUAUGAACUUGAAUUGAUAACACUUGUUCAAGCAUUAAAACAGUGGCAUCCUUAUCUUAUUCAUAGUGAGUUCAUCGUAAAUACUGAUAAUCAAGCUCUUAAAUUUUUGAAGAUUUCAGCAAAGGUUAAUAGGAUGCAUGAUAGAUGGUUAUCAACUAUCAAUCAGUAUACAUUCUCUGUACGACAUAAAAGUGGAAAACUAAAUCAGUGCUCUUUGCGUCUUCAUCUAAUCCUAGAAUUGCAUGGCAUUGGUCUUAGUGGACAUUUUGGGCGUGAUAAAACCAUUUCUUUGGUUGAAGAACGUUAUUAUUUGCCUUCACUUAAACGAGAUGUUCAGAAAUAUGUCCAAAAAUGCAUGGUUUGUCAGCAAUCGAUGGGAACUAUUCAAAACACAGGUUUGUAUUCACAAUUGGCAACACUAGCUAGGAUCUAA